GCUGGAUGAGCGCUUGGCUGCUCCCUCAGGAGGUGUGCCAAUUUAUUCCAUCACCGUUUGCUGGGAGAGGCUUUGUUCUAACCUGAGCUUUGUCCCCGUGCUCUAAAGAAGCAGCUUGAACUAUAUGUUGUUACUGCUGGAAGUUUUCCCUGGGAAGACAAGGGGAUUUUCCAGCAGAUUUUUUUCCAAACUGACCUGGAAGUGGGUUAGUGCUAGAAGGUUAAAAUUCAGUAGCAGGAGGCGGUAGCAAUGCUUUUGUGUUUCUUGUCACCCGUUUGCAAAUGGUGUGGCAGCACUAGGAAGGUGGAUGAGCAGUGAACCUAGCAAGAGGGUGGUGGGGUUUUGGGGCGGAGAAGAAGAAUCAAGCUAGCAAACAGCAUGGCAGGAUGAACAGGUGGGGCAACACAGGCAGACCACUGAAAUGCAGGAUGUGUGUGCAGGGAAGAAAAAUCAAGGGGCAGGAAUAGCUCUGGAUCAAAGCCUUGUUGGUAGUAGUGAAGCUCAUCAGCCUGUCCCUUAGGCAGUGCAGAUGAGCGCUAACAUAUCCUAGAAGAUCUCUGCAUCAUAGCCUGGUUGGGGAAGUCCUCAGAGGUGCAUUCCCAAGUCCUGGUCUGUUUUCUGCUCAACAAAGCUAAGAACUCAUUGUCUUACAAGAUCGUUGCUUUCAAUGUGUCUUCCCGUGGUGGAGGUGACAUCGGUGGGGGCUGCGCGCCAGUGGCUACUAGUAAAUCUGGCCUGAUUCUCAAGGAUAUGCUUUUUUGGUGUAGGCCUUUCCUCAGAGGAAUCAUACUUCCCAGCACCAUUUAUCCUGUUGCGGCUGACAGAAUGGGGAUUCUGGGAAGCUACCGUAAGCUCUUCCACUGAGUCAUUGUAUGAGCUCAGACAGUCAUGUCACUGCCUUGUGCCACAGUGUCCCCAUGAGAAACUGCUGAUGUUGGCUCUCCUGUGAGAAGUGAUUUGGAUCAAAAUUGCUGCGUGGGAGUUAACAUUUGUACUGUGAACUCUCUGCUUGCAUUGGUUUAAUAUCUAAGAGACUGGAGGGGAGAUUGUGAGCCUCUGGGAAGAGUGUGUCACCUGCUCCCAGGUUACAAUAAUGGGUGCCUUUGGAUAAAAUUGUCAGGAGCAAGUAGCACCGUCAGUAAAUAGUGCUGUCUGCUGCGCUGGGGUGGUUACUGGCGAAAUGCUUUACUGGGUUGCGCUAACACUGUCAAAAGCCUAGACUUUCUGAUCCGUUUCUUCCUUCCGUUCCUCUGUCAGGAUGCUGUUCCCCCUGCCUCUGCGGGUAGCCUGCAGCCUGAUUGCCUGGCUAUCUCUCUACGCUUGGUUCUGCCAUCGCUACAAGCACCGGAAUUACGAAUGGAGCUGCCGGCUGGUCACCCUGACCCAUGGCAUCCUUGCUACCUGCCUCUCUGCUUACAUUGGCUUUAUUGAUGGUCCCUGGCCUUUGACUCACGCAGGAUCUCCAAACACAGCUCUUCAGGUGCAUGUGCUGUGCCUUAGCUUGGGCUACUUCCUCUUCGACCUUUGUUGGUGUGUGUACUUUCAGACGGAGGGUGCCCUGAUGCUGGCCCACCAUCUGGUGAGCAUCUUGGGCAUCACAGCGUCAUUAGCACUUGGGGAAUCAGCUGCUGAGGUCAACGCCGUCAUCUUUGGCAGUGAGAUCACUAACCCGCUGUUGCAGGCCCGCUGGUUCCUGAGGGAGAUGGGGUGUUACCAUAGCCUCACAGGUGACCUGGUGGAUUUCUUCUUCGUGGUGCUCUUCACUGGGGUGCGAAUUGGAGUGGGGGCCUGGCUGAUGUACUGUGAGCUUGCCUCUCCCAAACCCAGGUGGUACAUUAAGUUGGGUGGUGUGAUCAUGUAUGCUGUCUCCUGGGUUUUCAUGGUCAGCAUCUGUCGCUUCGCUAGGAGGAAGAGCAUGAAGAAGUACCAUGCUUGGAGAAGCCGGAGGAGUGAGGAGUUGUACUUGAAAACUAAUGGACAUCUGAAAAAUCACUGACUGGGUAUUGAGUACAGUCUUCCUUGAGUUCACAAUCUGGCAAGAAGGGGAUCAUGCCUGAAAUGCCACUGUCGGGAAAGGAGUCAAUGCACAUUAGCAAUUCUGGAGCCAAAUUUCUCUCUGGCGUAACUCCAUUGAAACCCGUGGAGCUAUGCCAUGGAUUGAUUGGAUCUGCAGUGUUUGGCCUGGCAGAGGCUGGCUGAGUGUGUAUAUAAGCGUAAACUAAAUGAUAUUAGUGAAAGAAGGGCUAAUUUUAUGGACUAAACAUAGCUAGGUCAGCAGUGCAGGUGUAAAUAGCAGUAUUAGUAGCUAACUCCUUCAGCACUGGUACAAUCUUGGAAAAGGUGAGAAAAAUAACACUGGGUCUUUUGACGUUCGUCGUACGGUGCAGUCUAGACAGCGAGAGUGACCGUUUAUGCUCUUAGGAAGAAACAUGUUCUAGUGUUUCAUGUGAGUCGGGCAGAAGUAGGAGUUGGGAUUCCUGGCUCUUCCACCAAUUUGCUAUGUGACCUUGGGCAAGUCACUUAACUCUCUAACUCUGUGCCUAGUUUCCCCAUAUGUGAAUUGGGGAUGAUGGAGCCGAUCCAUCUGUGUUAUGCACUUUCAAAUCUUUACUUGAGAGGUGCUAUAUUAAUGCAAAGUGAUGGUGGUUGUCUGCACUUUGUUCAUUAUCCCUCUGUUUCCUUUGGGAGAAAUAAUUUUGGUGGUUGAGCUAGAAUGUGACUGUAGAAAGGACAGAAUUUUAGGUAGGCCUUUGUUUCCUACCCUUUCUAAUUGCUUUUAAUAACUUAUUUAAUAACUUAUUGGUAAAUUAUUUUUGGUAGUGCCCAGAGGCUCUAAUCAGCAUUGGCACCUUGCAGGACUAGGUGCUAUAUGAAUCCACCCAAAGACACAGCCCUUAACAUGAAGCGCUUUUUCGACUUUUUCCCUUUUCUUCAUCCCCGACAAUUAAAACCCUCUCCACCCCCUCCAAAUACUACCCUUAGCUCCUUGAGGGACCAGCGCUCUCCAUUAUGCGAAGCCCCAUCAGGACUUGCCAGUAAGUCAUUCUCUGGUUGAUAGGCCUCAAAUACGGGCUAAGCGCUGAUGUGCUUGCAGAAUGCUGAAGAAUUGCCCUCUGCUGUGUUUAUCGGCCCAAAUGCAGGCGUAGUGUGGGGCAAGCUUCUCAGCAAAUGACGUGACUUGAGAUUGUCAGACAAAUACCUUCCCCAAGCUGCGAGUUGCUUUUAAAAAUGAGAGUAGUAAAUGCAGAGCGUUUUACUGCAGCAAUCUGCAAGCAAUCUGUAUUUGCCGUUUUUGGCAACCUAAAGGGAACACGGACCAGAAUCUGAUUUGUAGUAAAGGCCAUAUAUUUCUGUUGUCUUGAAAGUGUCGUUCCAGAUUCAGAUCAGUGUAUCUGAAUACAGGGUCUGCCCCAGGGCUUGCUGGGAAUAGUGGAGGACUGUAGGUGAAAUCUGGGGUCUCUAUGAGAAAAAAUGAUUGGAAAAAACAGCUUGUUAGAAACUAGCAUUGUUGGUUUUUCUCAGCACUGUAGAUACCAGUUUCAACGAGAAUGUUUCCUCAGAUCCAAGUUGGGAUUUCUGCUUGAAGAGUGGCCAACAUGCAUCUUGAAAACAUGGUGUUAGGGUGGAAGGGCUACCCGUUUUCCAGUCCUUCCUCUGCCCCGUUCAAGCUAGAGACCUAACUUUGGCUCUCCUGCAUCUGAAUUAUGUAUUGACCCCUCGUCUCUGAAUUCAUUUCCGUCUCCCUGAAUGGAUUUGCGUCACUUCAUAAAGUGAAGAUUUAUGGGUUAAGAGGGAAUUACCUUACAGCCUGCUGAGUAAAGAAGUGCAGAGAAGUGAACCUGACUGGGAGAAAAGCUAAGUGUUACUUCAGUCCCCUUAGCAGGGAAAAAUUGUCCCCGAUUUGCAGCUGCUGUUGUUUAUUUCACUGUAUGUUCUUUAGCACUGUUACUUUGCUAUUGCUGCUGAAGCUAUGAUCAUUAAUUCUGAGCCUCAGCACCCCCGUUCCAGUUCUGCUGAGAGCCUUGCCUGUUGCAACCAAAGACCUGAAGAGCCCAAAGGGCUUCACACUAGCAGAGCCAACUGACAGGUGAGCUGAUCCUUUAAAAAGAAACUUGACUCAUUUAGCACAGUGCAGCGAUGUAACUGUUGAGCCUUGAGGGGAGACAAGAAGGGCUAGCUGGGACUUGCUGGUUCUUUCGCAGCACUGCUGCAGAUGUGGGGUGUGUCAAGGAACCUUUUUGCCUCAGCUUACCCACCUUAUUAAGUGGGUACAGUAUUUAGCUACCUCAUGGGGUGUUUUUGUUUGUUAGCACUAAGCCACCUUUGAUAAACGCUUGGUGGUUUCUGUCAAGCUGUGCUGUGUAAAAGUAAAAUGCUGUUGCUUUGAGUAAAGCACUUCUCACUAUGACCCAUAAGCAGUACUUUCUAACCUGAACAUAGCGCUUCCCAGCGUCUGGUUUGCCUCACAAAUGCACGAGUCCAAGAGGCUUUGUAGUGCUACUUAACAGGCAGGAGUCAAAAGGAGUAAGCUAGACAUAUAUGUAAGGGUCAGCCCUGCCACCUCAUAACCAGACUCCCAAGUUAAAGCAAGGCGGUCUGGUGGGUUUUCUCAAGGAAGCACUGCAGUAAAUUUGGAGCCAGAAGAGCUUCAGCAGCCAAACGUGACCAGGGAAUAAGAAGUGAGAUGGUUGCGGGGAGAGUUUUCAGCAGCCGGUCCUGAGGACAUGUAGCAGAAAGCUGAACCUGUUCAUUUCUCAGCGCAGUUGUUGACUUGCCCAUCAAGAAGGGUUUCCGGAGAAAUCCUGAUGGUUUGGACUCUGACCUCUGGCAAGGUCGGUCAGCAGCUGAAUGCAUGGUUACAGCUCUUCUGUGCGCAGCCUGCCCAAGUAGGCAUAGAGAAGAAGGAUGCCAGUUGAAAUGACUGCAGGUAUGUGUGAAACACGGCACCUUGUGUGAGUGUGUUUUGGAAGAUAAUGCACUUAAUGGCUGAGGGGCCCCUUUCUUUGAAGUGGGGGGAACUUGGUUGGGAGAAGCAGAGCUCUGUGAUCAGUGUUGAGGCUUUAGAUGAUAAACAAAGGCACGAGAAAACAAAAGAGCAAUUACGGAUGGCUCUGUGAGGUGGAGGUAGCAGCAGUGUCUCAGAGCAAGGCCUUGUAGUGUGGAGAGUGGGCCCCAGCACAGAAUCACAGACCCGGGGAUAGGAACUAAAACUUUCCGGCUGAGUGGAGCACAUGAUGUGGGACCCCUGUCCUCAAGCUAGUCCAUGGUGACGAGAGCAAGUUGUAAAAGUAAACUGCAGAACUAGUGUGAAAUACUAACUUGUGUUUGAAUUACUGUGUAAUAGCAACUAAUGUUUCACCAGCGAAUGGUGUAGAUGCUUUGUAUUAUGUUUUA